AUGUCGCUGUCAGAAAAUUCAGAAAACAGAGAGGAGCUGGCGUUAGACUCGAAAAACGAACAAAACGGAAAUGUGGUGAAUCCUAAAGCGGUUUGUAACGUGUGUAAACGCCUGUACCGGGACCCUAAAAUCCUCCCGUGUCUGCACACCUUCUGCUCGGACUGUAUCGGCCAGCUGGAGCCUUUCUCGGUGUCCUCACCCAGAGACUCUACGGAGGGCAGGACAAGAGAGGGAGUGAAGGAAGACCGAGGCGUUACAGUCACGGUUCUCUGCCCGGACUGCGAUUCCGAGGUGGACCUCCCUCCAUCCGGACUACAGGGGCUGAGCACGGACCACCUGGCUCUGGAUGAAGUUUUUCUGGAGACCUUAGUGACAGACGGCCCGCUGGGAUGCGAUUUGUGCGGGGAAGGGGGCGCCGAGAGCCGCUGUGAGGUCUGCAGCGUCAACCUGUGCGAGUUCUGCUGCCAGGCACACAGGUAGAUUCUAUUCUAUUGAUUCGAUUCGAUUACUAUUCGAUAUCUUUCAGAGUUCCAGAAAAGUUCAAAAUUUUUACAGGGUGCAUAUUAUUGAAAUUCAAUAACAUUCAAAUAAAGGAAGUUGUUGAAGUAAGUGCUGAUUUAGUUAGGGCUGGGCGAUAUGGGAAAAAGUUUAUCACAAUAUAUUUUUUUCAUAUCAGUCGAUAUCAAUACAUAUCAAGAUAAAAUGAAAUUUAACAGUGCUUAUUGGUAGCAUGUCUUUUGUAAUACAAUAAGUUACUGCAUCUGUGAGGCCCUUGUAGCUCUUUGAUGUUUUUUCGUAAGGCGAUGCGCUAGAGAAAGCAGACUGAAUUUGGCUGCACAGGCACCAUGGGCUCCUUACUCCGCUCGGGGUUCGUCAGCUGUCAGCUUUUGCAUUGCACGUGUUCUGGCACGUGGCACUGCUUCAGGUGGUGAAAAAGAUUCAAGGUAUUCCCCGACAUUACUCUGCUUCAUGUCGGACCUUAUAAAACCAAAAAUACCUCCACACCACUGGCAUUUUCAUGCCAGUGUUGUUGACAAUGUCAUUAUCUGUCGAGCCUUCAUCUGCAUUUCUGCCGGGGUAGCACUCAUUUUCCUUUUUUCUCAACAGUGCUGUCGGCUUCAUGCGUUUAAGUGCUAUGGUUGCAUGUAGCUGCAGCCUGCUACUACGCAGUUGUUUGCUACUUGGUUCUAAUUCAGCACGAUUGGUUCAGCGUGAUGCUGACCCAGAGCGACUCCCCUUUUCAUUGGCUAUCCCGAUAGUCUACCAAAACAUGGCAGAAUGCCGACUAUCGAAAAGGAUAUUGCCCAUAUUUUGUAUUGAUAUCGAGGAAAAUAAUUUUUGGAUAUAUAUUGUUAUCGCUUUAUCGCCCAGCCCUAGUUUCAGUCCUCUUUCCUGCUAAAAAAAUAAGCAAAAUGCAGUCUAAUAUUCCUGUUCUUGUUUUUCUAUUUUUUCAAGAUGCAUACCAAGAUUCUGGUUAAUUGUAUUUUUGCUAUCCUGUGUUAAAAGCUUUAUUCUAAUCAGGUUUGAUAUUUCGUGAUAGCACCUGUUGCUAUGAAGAACAUACUGUUGCUAAGGGUAUGCUUUGAUCACAUAGACUACAAACUGAAAUCUGAUGAUGCUUAGAAAGAAAUAGAUGGAUUUAAAAUUGGUUCAACUCUAUCCAAAACUUUAGACUAUCUAUCAACACAGACACCAUAGGUGUUCACUUACUUAAGUCACUUACUACUAUUACUAUUAUUUUCCUACAGACGUCAGAAGCGAACAUCAUCUCACUCUAUUCAACGUCUUGAGGAAUUGAAGUCUAGGGGUCGUCUCUGUCGCCCUGUACUUUGUUCCCUCCACCCUAGUCAGGCGCUCCGGCUCUUCUGUCAGCCCUGUGACCUGCCUGUUUGCCUGGAGUGUGCGGCCACGUUGCACCGUGACCACCGCUGCUGCUCCACCAGUGAUGUCAUUGAUCGUCAUGGGGAUCGGAUCCGAGAGCUGGUAACCGUGCGGCUGCGACCUCGCCUGGAACGUCUAAAGGAGUCCCUGCAGAAGGUGCCACAGAGAUGUUUUAGACCGAUUGUGUAAUUCUUUCUCCUUGCUCACUCUGUCCCUCUGCUUUACUAACACACACUACCUGAUGCUUCCAAAAAUGGGACUACAAUUAAAAUACUACACUGUCAUAGCCUAGAGUUAGAGACUUUCCUGAGUGAAGACCUUCCUUUUCUAGUUGUUGAUAAAAAGUCCCCUUCCUGUCCUCUCUGUUAAAGGUGGACAUUUCCCAGGAGAUUUUGCAGGCACGGGUGGACACAACAGCCAAUGAAGUGAGGGCGUUUGCACGAGCCUAUGCCAGCGCCGUGGAGUCGCACUGUCUGUCUCUGCUGCGUCGCCUGGAAGAGCUCCGUGUCCAACGCAGGUAUGACGAAACCAACGACACAGUUCCUGUGGGGCAGAUCAAAUUAUGCCAUCAAUAUGUUUGUGGGAUGAGAAGGAGUAAAAAGAGAUCAUAUUACAAAACAUUUCAAGACAAAGGUAACACAAGUAUAUUUCCUCUUAGGCCAGCAUGAUUUACUAUGCAGAGAAACUGUCAAUCAGCUAAUGCAAAAUUCUGUUUCAAAUUUACAGAAACCAACUCCACCUGCAGAGGGCACAGCUGCAGCAAGCCCUACUGGACAUCAGCGGUGGUGUGGAGUUCACAGAGAGGCUGCUGAGCUGCGGUUCAGAUGCUGAGAUCCUCAGUGCCAAAGGAGUCACCCUGAGAAGACUGACCAGCCUGGCAGAGAGCGGCUACGACCCCCACCCAUCUGCCGUAGCCCCCGAUGACGGCAGUGGCAUCAGCUUUUUGCCCAGGGAGCCAGCGGGGGAGGUGGAGGGUUACCCAGUGGUGGGUGUCAUAAACUCUAAGACAGUGGACCUCAGCAAAUGCACCAUCGAGGGUGAAGGUAAACACUUAAAAUGCAAAAAUGUUUUAUCUUUGUGAGUAAUAAGUUGGAGUCAUGUCAAGAUAAUGUUUGCAAUUGGCUGUUUGUGGUGUCAGGGCAAACAAUUUAAUUGAAAAUCGCGUACCUGCAAACAUUUUCAGGGAAAGCGUUGAAGGAUUUUUUUUCUUUCUGGUAAUAUUAAAUAAACUUAGAGCAAGGAUUGCAGAAGAAACGUAAAGCAGAAAAAGACAGGAGCUAAAGAGCCAUGUUUACUGUAUAUUUGAAUGAUAUCAUGGAAUGAUAGUAUUCAUAAUUUUAUAAGCUGUGUCAUCUUAUUGGCUAUUUUUCUAUUUAAAGACUUUUGGAUGUUUUUGUCACCAAAAAUAUGUAGCUCAUCAAGGACACCUCUGCUAUUUCUUGAGAGCCCCCAUGGCAGGCUGAUGGGCAUGAGGGGGGGAGUCGGGUGAGGAUUCAGGGGGAGGGUGUGAGGAUGGUGUAAACAAACCUCCCUGAGCAGUUAAAGACUAUUGUUACCUUCCUGCUUCAGUUCAAAGGCACAAAUUCCUGCGAGACUGAAGGAAUGUUGAUGUGACUGAGCAGGCCUGAGGGUAGUGCACAGAGGGGGUGUUUACACCGAAAUACACCAUGCACACUCUCUCUCACACACAUACACUAUGGAGAACUGUAUGUGACUACAGGACAGACAACAACAGAGAUGUAGUUGAAGCUUCAGGGUUAAAUAACGGUAGGAAAUGGGAAUCACUUAGUGUCAUCUAGUGGUCAGAUUCUGAAUAGAAACACUUCUUUGCUCACUCCAUCUGUUGGCAAAGAUACAAUGGCCUUGGAGGACAAAAACCUCCUGUGUUGCAUAAUAAUGAUCCUCCCUUUGCCUAGUUUUAACCAUCACAAACAUCUAGUAGAGCAAAAUUUUUUGCCCACAACAACUACCCGGGAGUUGAUGUGCAUUUUGUGCAGCCACUAACAAUAUGCAAAAACGCAUUUAUUACCAGUCUGUCCAAACUCUAUGGUAGAGACAUGGCAGAACAAGAUGGGGGCCUUUGUGAAUGGUGGUCUGCUUCUAUGCAGCUAUGAAAUACUCAUUCCCAGUAAACAUAAACAAACAGUCUUGACAAACCCAUGAAAAAGUCUAUUCUGAUAAACACCACAAAUGAUAACAAACUCUUCAAUGCAAAACACUCAAAUGUAGGUAAGAUUUUCUGUCUUAUUGCCACAUUGACUUGAAAAGUCCAGAACAACGUCUUAUUUUUCACAGAGGCUUCUUAAAGUAUCACAAUCUCCUGGAAAACCACUGUACCUAAAACUACACAGCACCACCUCCCUUAUACAUCUGAUUCUUUAUUCAUUUAUUUGUUUGUCUUAGAAUCUACUAAUUAAAGGUCUUUGUGCUUUUUCCUUCAUUUUGAUUUUAUUUUAUUAUUUGACCUUGUUUAAAAUUAAAAAUACUUGCAGAACAAGAUUGCAACAGCACAACUGCACAGGAAGUAUAUAGUACUGUCUUUACUGUAUUUUGUUGAGCAAUCUACCGGCAUUUAAACUUCAGGCACAACCAGGUCAUAUGUAUAAAUGUUCUAGUCUUAGUUUUACACCAAUUACAAAAGGAUAUUGUAUUAUUUUUGAAAAGGUGUACUUUUUCUGGGGUGAACAAUCUGUGGAUAAAGUUGCAAAUAGGUGAAUGUGGCUUAAAUUGAGCCUGAUACUCUUUUGAAUGAAAUUAUGACAAAAAAGAUAAGAUUAUCUUUAAAAACAGUUAAUCUAACUUAGAAUAACUGUUUUUGCAGAGUACCACUUACAGAAAAAUGCUGUUUCUAUCCUUAUUUACAUAGUUUGCACACUAUGUGCUCCUGUCAGUGCUGCUCCUUUAAUUUGCCAGUGCAAAUAGAUAAGCUUUAAAAUAAAGAAGCCAAUAGAAGUUGUACAGUGAAUUUUAUCUUGUUAAUAUAUCCUCUGUUGUCCCUCAGUAAAUCGCUUUCUUUUAACAUACACAAAGACACAAAGCUUGACAGCUUUGUCGCAGCUUCUGUGUGUGAAAGACAGCUUUAAGUUGUGUUUACCUGUGCAGGAAAUGAAAAGCCACGGUAAAUAAGAGCUUUGGGAAGUCUAUUGUUGUCAUGUUUGCAAGAAGUAAAGUCCUGGCAUUGUGUUAAGUGUUUGUUUGGGGGUUUGCUUGAGUCUGUUUUUAUACUGUGUACAUUGUAUUCCUUAAGGGUCAGACAAAUCUCUCUGCUGAGGAGUGAACUUUCCAUUCAUUUGCACUUCACUCCUGUGUUUACUUUAGUGGCUGCCAAGGUUUAAAGCUUCUUUUUUAAAGUAAGAUUGUGAUGUGUAAAUCCGAAGUAUUCCUGCAAGAGCUAAAUCCUGCUUAUUCCACCUUUAAGUUGUUUGUCUCUGUCAUAAGCACAACAGCUCAGCACAGGCAGCUGAUAGAGUUAAGAUUUGUGCAUCAACGUUCAUCAAAGAUUAUCCUCUGUUUCACUACGUAAGUGUGUGUGGUUAAAAGGGUUAGAAUGGUGUCUUUUGGACCACAUGGCUGCACAGCACAGGUGAAAAGUGGGCAGUAACAGCUGCACCUGUAUUGGAAACAGCUGCUGCUCUGCUCUGGUUAGAAAUCACCAACAGAAACUCACAGAUAAUUCACACCUUUUAGGACAGCAGUGACACUUAUAAUUGGUUGAAAUAAUAGUACUUAUUUGAGCAGAAGAAAGGUUUAAGUGAUGGCAGAAGAACUAAUAAGUGUGCCUUAGAAAUGUCAAACUUGAAAUUUGCAGUUGGGUUUCAAACAAACAAGUAUCGUCCUCUACUUUCUGCGCUAAAAUUUGUCCAUAAAUGCUCACACAUCCACAGCUGCACUAGAAGUGUGGAUGUUUAAAAGUCAGGGUCAUGAGUUCAUGAAAUAAAUGUUCUGCAUAGAAAACACUAACAUUACAGUUUUUUCAAACCUGCGAUAUACAUUGCGAUAUUAAAAAAAAAUAGAGGAAUUUUCACCUAAUGUUAUGCUGCACUGCUAAAAUCUUGAGGACAGUUACCCGGCACUGAUCGUACCUCUUUUUGUAAAUGUUAGUAGAGCAUCUUCUGUCUGUCUUAGACGUGUUGGAACGUUAUUGUUGCAACAGAUAAAGGCACUGCCAAAACAGAAAAGGUGUUUUGUGAUGUACUUCUUUCUGUAACCGAGAUAAUUACGAGUAAGUGACGUUGCUUUUCUUUUUGCCGACAAGUAUUAAUCUUCGGCGGUAAAUGACGUUGCUUUUCUUUUUGCCGGCAAGUCUUCAUUUUAGCGGUUUUCUCUUGUUUCUGUUGUUGUUCCCGGUAACGAGAAACACAUGCCCGCCGAGGAUUGCAUGCAACUCUCAGAAACGCGCACCACUUAAAGUAGAGUGAAAUGUACAAUUUAAAACCCAUACAAUUCUUAUUUGUGGGGCUAAACAGUGAUGAGGGAUGUUCCCAAAGUAAUUCUCAGCGGACACGCGUUUCUAGGCGUACACCGGUAGCGCCUGCAAUUAGCUCCAUGUGCAGGCCAUUUGCAUGGGCGUGGUUUCCUCCUCUCUGAUUUUGAUUGACAACUGGCAGUGUUGUCUGAUUGGCAACUGAGUAAAGAACGAAUGUGAUUGGUGGAUCGCUGCACAGCACAUGCAGAGUCACAUGCAGUGUAUCUCAGUCAGCUACUCUUGAAAGGCUCUGCAAUGUCACUGUCGCGUACACAUACAUCGCGAUGACGAUGCUCAAACGAUAUAUCGUGCAGCCUUGGUGUCUAACCUUUAACCUCUUUUUCACAGGUGUACAGAGGGGCAGGGAGGGGCAGCCGGGUCACUUCACCCUGGUGUGCAGAGACUCAGCGGGGGAGCAGGUGGCCCAGGGUGGAGAGAAUGUUCUGGUCAGCAUUGUACACAGAGAGAAGAAGAACAGGUGAGUGUGUGACAGUUUUAACUUUCAAGGAUCUUUAUGAAAUCCCUUUGAAAAGUUAUGUGCGGUACCUCCUUGUUCCUACAGAGGACAUUGUCGGCUUGAUUCUAGGCCCUUGAGCAAGUGGCCAUGCCAGCAGUGUGUGAAAAGGAAAAGUCAGGUCAAACACUGAUAGGUGCUUUCAAAACCCAUCAGUAUUUGAUGGUACUGAGUCAAGUCAGUUACAAUAGAGGUAACAAAAUAUAUAUUUACAUUUAUCUAUAUAACUAACUCCUCGUGUAAUAAGCUGGCAAUCAGAUACAAACUUUGCAUCUGGGUGUAUAGUUAACAGUUAUUAGUUUCUCUCUGGAGUGUCUGUGAAGUAUUUCAGAGGAUCAGUCUCAUGGUAGGAUCCGGAAUCAGCUUAUGCCGAGUCCACCUGGAGUCUGAUGACACUUUUGAUCAUGUGGAGAGAAGUAGUAGGAAUCCUCUAGGCUCUGCCCUGCAUUCCAGGUUUUGCACGGUUAAUGCAAAACCUGGAAUGCAGCUCUGUCAGGAGGAUUUCCUGACAGAGCUGCAGAUGUAGUUUUUCAGUUGGGGUUCUGUCCAAAGAUGUUUGCCACUCAGGAUCUGGCUUGAUGCUGCACUUCCAUACAUAAGGAUGGAUUAAAUAAUGACAUUAAAUCAUUUUAGCAAUAUCUUGAUUGGAUUAUUGCGUUGAUUAAGAGAUUUUCUUAUGCGAUAGUUGGUUUUCUCUUGACUUUGCAAAAAAGCUGAAAAUCAAUGCUCCUCAUCUUCAUUUCUGCAUUAGUCAUGAUCAGAUGUGUAUUUGCUGUGAAACGUCAACAGUGCGAUUUGUUUCCCUCAGCACGGUGGAGACGACGGUGGUUGACAAUGAUGAUGGAUCAUACCGGGUCUCAUACACGCCCGAAGAGCCUGGAGUCUUCUCGGUGUGGGUUUGUGUCAAAGCCCAGCACGUCAAGGUAGAAAAACAACCACUAAAUUAAGGAAUAUGGGGAAUUUAUUGGAUUUUUAAAAACUUUCUCUUAUCUUAAAGUUAGUUACUAUCAGAAUCUGCUGCUGGUAUGAGCAGUGAUUGGUUUGAAUGAGCUGUGGCAUUACAAGCAGCUCACAGCGUAUGCCCUCAGGGCUGUUAUCAUCAUCCUGAUGAAGUGAAAGCGGUUCAAAUUUUCUCCAGGCAAAAACAAAUUUAACAGGAUCCCUUUGACAGCUCUGAUGUUGAGCUCACCUAGUGGGAUACUUUUUAAGUAAAAGACUGACAUCCUGAGUUAUCGCUUGUCUUUUUUUAUUACAUUUUGCCUUGUUUCUGACUGCAGGGCUCUCCGUUCACUCUGACUGUAAAGAGGAAGCUGAGGCGACACAGCGGGACGUUUCACUGCUGCUCCUUCUGCUCCAGCGGAGGGGCCAAAGAGGCUCGCUGUGGCUGUGCAGGAACCAUGCCAGGUACACGAAAGAAAUCUCAUUAAUGUCCACUGAGACGCACAGUUUUCACUCAGUUAUCACAGUGAACUAACACAACAAAUGUGGUAGACUUUGUCUUUAAAGGGUUCAUGAAGGAGAAAAGAUGGAGGAACAAUUUAGAGAAUAUAGAAUAAAACAAAGAAACACGAGGCUAGAGUCUCCCCUGAUGUCCUGUCUGUCUAUCUGUCUGUCUACAGGAGGAUUCAAAGGCUGUGGUCACGGUCACAAAGGACACCCAGGGAAGCCCCACUGGUCAUGUUGCGGCAGCACCGUGGAACAGUCUGAAUGUUUGCCUCAGAGCGUGUUGGCAGCAGUUUCCCCUCGCGGUCACCUGCGGACGGUGGAGCUGUGA